AUGCCGGUAACGAAGACCAAUUAUUGCUUCACAUGGGCCACGGCAAUGCAAGUAACUUCAACUAGUGUGUGUCUCUGUGCAGAGACAGGGAUCUGGACUUGGCAGCAGGUCAAGCAGAGGAAAGAAUCUGGUUCGUCUGUCAGGGGACAUGCUCAAAAUUUCAGGACUGCAAUCAAGCUUGCAAGGCCAAAGGAUAUCCUGAUGGUGGCAAAUGAAUGCCCCCUGGCAAGGGAUCACCUCUUGCUUGCUGCUGCACAAUUACCUAAUUUAUGCUUACUUUUCAACAUGGGUUUCAUGGCUUUCAGCGCUCAUUUGUGA